UUCCAAAUAUACUUAUCGAAUCGAUUUAGCCAGCCUUCCUCUUCCCACUACAAACUACCCUCCAUCAACCGUUGCGAAGGUGACCAUGCUAUAUGACAACAGCCCGUUCCUCGAGCGAGCCCUAGACACACACCGAGACCACAGUCAUCGACAUGGCUAUCCGCUGUCUGUGCAGCGCACUUCCGUCCUCGGUGGUGGAUGGAACAAAUACGCCAUCCUUCUAUCGACCAUGAUCCAGGAACUAGAGAAACCCCUCCAUCAGCGUGUAAAAUGGCUAUUGUAAGCUUCGAACAUCCCCCAAACACCAUUCCUUACCGCACCACUAACUCCUGCCGCCGACAGCUGGUUCGACAGCAACACCAUCCUCAUGAACCCCAACCUGCCACUUGAAACAUUCAUCCCCCCACCGGACUUCUCCCACAUCAACCUCCUCCUCACGAAAGACUGGAACGGGAUGAAAAACAGCGUCUUCUUCAUCCGUGUCCAUCCGUGGUCCAUCAAAUUGCUUUCCGCGGCGAUCGCAUACCCGACCACACAUGACCCCCUAUCAUCUGACCUCUCAGCCCUAAACAACCUCGUGCAAGACCACGACUUUUUCGCUCGAUCGACGGUAUACUGUCCCCCGCGCUGGUUCAACGCGUACACGCGCACACCAGACGACGAAGGCUGGAGAGCAGGCUCAUCUCCACAUUUCCAAAUUCACCCCGGCGAUCUGCUGGUUAAUUUCCCGCGCACCCCCUAUUAUAGGCUGAACGAGACCAUGCUGCCGUAUCUUAGCCUGGCCGAGGCGCAUGAGAGGAAGUGGGAGCCCACUGUGGAGGAAACGGGCCAUGGGGAGGAGGUAGCGCGGUUUUGGAAGAGUGUUCAUCGGGUGGAGUCUACUCCAUAGCUAGGGUUUGGGUUGUGGUCGGAGCGUUGGCUUGUGCCUUGUUUUGACACUUUCAUUUUGUUUUUUAUGUGUUUAAUUUGUCUGAUGCUGGCCGUCGGUUGUGUCUCUUUGUUUGAUUUCCCUCCUUUCUGGGCAUGAAUCAGGGCGGGUUUGCUGGACAGGGGUUAUCACUAGACUAGGUGCCCGCGAGUAUUUGCUAUUCUUAGAAC